AUGGGCGAGCCCUGCGAGCGCGGUGCCUGCUCGCCAGCCGCUGGCAUAAAGGAAGGAGCGGACAGGGAGUCCUGGGACACGCCGCUGGGUUUCCUGGAGAGCGCUCAGAUGGACAACGGUAGCAACGUGUCCUUCCUGCAGUUCUUGAAGACCAUCAACCUGGAGCGAGCCGACGGGAUGCAGGGGGACAGCUCUGAUGUGGUGAGGAUUGUCAUCUCGCUGGUGUACUCCGUGGUGUGUGCCCUGGGACUGGUGGGCAACCUGCUGGUGCUCUACCUGAUGAAAAGCAAGCAAGGCUGGAGGAAAUCCUCGAUCAACCUCUUUGUGACCAGCCUGGCAGUGACUGACUUCCAGUUUGUGCUGACCUUGCCAUUCUGGGCCGUGGAGAACGCACUGGACUUCAACUGGCUCUUUGGCAAGGCAAUGUGUAAGAUCGUAUCCUAUGUGACAGCAAUGAAUAUGUAUGCCAGUGUAUUCUUUCUCACUGCCAUGAGUGUGGCUCGAUACCGCUCUGUGGCUUCAGCCCUGAAGAAUCAGCGUCGGGGAGACCCAGUGGGGGGCUGCUGCUCUGCCAAGUGGCUUUGUGCACUCAUCUGGCUGUCAGCUGUCCUGGCUUCCCUGCCCCAUGCCAUUUUUUCCACCACUGCCACUGUCUUUGACGAUGUUCUCUGUCUUGUCAAGUUCCCAGAGGGCCGAGGCAGCAAUGCACAAUUCUGGCUGGGUCUGUACCACAUCCAGAAGGUGCUGCUGGGCUUCGUGGUGCCGCUGGUCAUCAUUAGUCUCUGCUACUUGCUCCUGGUGCGCUUCAUCAGUGACAAGCACGUGGGCAGCACCUGCAGCGGCCCCAGCGUCAAGCGCCGCUCCAAGGUCACUAGGUCAGUGUCCAUUGUGGUGCUGUCUUUCUUCUUGUGCUGGCUGCCUAACCAAGCACUUACAACAUGGGGGAUACUCAUCAAACUCAACGUGGUGCACUUCAGUAAUGAGUAUUUUCUCUCCCAAGUGUACCUUUUCCCCAUCAGCGUGUGCCUGGCACACUCCAACAGCUGCCUCAAUCCCGUUCUCUACUGCCUCAUGCGCAGGGAGUUCCGCAAGGCACUGAAGAACCUCCUCUGGAAGAUCACCUCACCUUCCCUCACCACCAUGCGCCCUUUCACUGACACCACCAAGCCUGAGAAGGAGGAGCAGGCCCUGCAUGCCGUGAUGCCUGUCCACCCUGCCCCUGCUGCUCCCCGGGCUGCAGCCGUGCAGGCAGAGGUGGCCUAUUACCCUCCCGGCGUGGUGAUGUACCCCAGCCGCUACGACCUGCUGCCUGCCAGCUCCAUGGAGCAGCACUGCUGAGAUGGCAGGGGGUCUGGGGGGUGGGACAGUGCCAAAUGUGGCCUGGGGAUAUUGAAUGCCUGGUCAGGACAAGGGGAGGAGGGAUGAGUAAAGGAGGACUUCUUAGUGAGAGAUGCUCUUUUGCGGUUUUGUCUGCCCUCAGAGACACUUGAUGGCUGUUGUUGUCUGGAAGAUGCACUCUGAGCUGGAGAACUAGGAGGAAGUAGUGGUGGGACAUCUCUAUGAGAUGCCUUUUAGUGCUUGUUCCUGUGCUGGGGAGCAAGAACUAAUGAGGAUGAUGGGACUCCAGCCAGGGAGGAUGUAGGAUGUGCAAUGCACUACAGGGAGGUGCGGGGCUGGUUGGGUGGACCGAGGCUGGAAGGCCUCAAGCACGUCCCCUGAAGCUGGAGUUGCAAGCAUCCCUCUCAUCCUAUGUGUUUGUCUGUGGCAGGGAGAGGGAGCUGAGCUGCUCUCUCCCUGCUGCAGGACCCUGUAAACCAAGACUGACUGGUCGCUGCUCCCUGGGCUCCCCUGGGCAUGGGGAUCAGACAGCCUCUCUUCUAUUUCAAACCUGCCCUGAGGGGAACAGCCAGGACAAGUGGGAACAAAGCUCCUGUUUGUUCAGGCUUGGCGCCUUUUCCCUCUUUUAGGGACUUAGGAAAGAGUGAGGACAAGGAACACUGUGCUCCCUUCCAGAUCAGUGCAGGAUCUGCUUUUCUAGCUACCCCUAUCCCCUCAGCUGCUGCCAGGGUAUAGAGCAACCCAGAUAGCCAAGGCAAAACCCAAGGACAAAAUUUGCAGUUUCAUGGGGUGUUCCUUAGCCUGGGUUUGGAGGGAGUUUGUGAGCCCCCUAAUACUGAUCCCCAGCCUCUCUCCAGGCCACUGAGGGGAAAGGAAACCUCACAGCCCCAGACCAUGUGUAGCAAGAUAGCAUCUCUCCCAGGGCACUGAGGUUGCAGGCUUAAUUCUUUCUGCACUUCAGACUGUUCAUAUUUCACUUCAGGAAAUCAGCACAACUGUAAAUAAAA